AUGGCAUUGCCUGCCUCGCAUCACAUUCUCUUUCAAUCCAGCACGCUCAAGCUGGACCGUAAAUCGCAGUUUCUAACAUAUGUCGGAAUAUCUGGAGCGCUCGCUGGUGGUGCUCAGUGGAGCCUCAAAGGGGCUCAAGUAGAGCGCGCACAUGGUGUCGACGUAAAUCGAAACUUUGAGGCUGAAUUCGAUUUUUCUGCAUCACAACCACUGCCAUUUCGCCUUAUCAGAUACCUUCACAACGAUUCAGAGCUUCACGGGCGCAGCGAUACCACGAGCACAUACUACGUCAAGAAGCGUCAGCCGAGCACGAAGUCCAUGCGCGAGGGACACUUCACGCGAUAUUGCCUCCCCGGAUCCUUGUGGUCCUCCCUAGAUACUUCGUACCUCCAAUCCGACCUCGCAAAAUCCUCAUCAACAUCACUGUUCCGCUUCAUCGAGCCUCUGGAUAGGUCGCUAAGUCCGUUUUUAUUGCUUUACACUACUACAUCCACCACCAGGCUGCCCAUCCACCCUACACCUGGCACUCAGCCAAUAUCUACCGGACUCGGGUACCGCUUCAUUGGCAGCUACAGUGACUCAACUCGACACUUGGACAGGCACUCGGAAUCCGACGUCAUUUUGCGCUGCCUCGAUUCAUGGGUCGUUGCAUACAACUAUGUGCCGUUCACCCGCCAUACCACUCACAAGUCAGCUUCCGCCUUCCCACAAACCUCGACAACACCAUCAACUUCCUCUGCCUGCUACAUGUUCUCGUCUUCGAUGGUGCAAACCAGCGGUAGUGCCGACGUUACCGACUAAGAGCAGGACCCAAGCGGAGCCCUAGGGGAGGGAACGGGAGGGAUAUGCGAGAGGUGGUGUGGCGGGCAGGGCGAGGACCAGCGGAUACCCUACUAUACCAUCUAAUAUCAACAAUUCACAGCGAUACCCAUCGAUAACUCAUUCAGUACUAUUAGAUCUGUAUUGAUACCAUUUUCUGGAUGAUUUUCGAGCGCAUAUAUUCAACUAAACA